CCGCGCCGCGCGGAGGUGGCGACAGGAGGCGCGGGGCCCGCGCGGAGGCCUGGACGGCGCGGCCAGGUGAUGUGGGCCCCUGUGCUGCUCCAGAGGAAAGGGAUCCCCAGAGCGGCCGUGACCCCAGGCUGCCCCGGUGAGGCGUUCUGACACCAGCCCGGGACGCGUCGGCGCGCCCGAGUCGGCCCGGCUCCGUGCAAAGCCCCGAGAAUGCGGUGAUUCGAGGAGCUAGGCUGUCCCCGCGGGAGGGGCACCGGCUGCGCGUGCGGACGCGGUGCGGAGAGAAAGGGCAGCGCGAUGCUGUCCGAGCAAGCCCAAAAGUGGUUCCCCACCCACGUGCAGGUCACAGUGCUCCAAGCCAAAGAUCUGAAGCCGAAAGGCAAAAGUGGCACCAAUGACACAUACACUAUCAUUCAGCUGGGCAAGGAAAAGUACUCCACCUCUGUAGCUGAGAAAACCCUUGAGCCAGUCUGGAAGGAAGAGGCCUCCUUUGAGCUGCCUGGAUUGCUAAUGCAGGGGAAUCCAGAGAAAUACAUUCUUUUCCUUAUAGUUAUGCACAGAUCCCUGGUAGGGCUGGAUAAAUUUUUAGGGCAGGUGGCAAUCAAUCUCAAUGACAUCUUUGAGGACAAACAAAGAAGGAAAACAGAGUGGUUUAGAUUAGAAUCCAAACAAGGAAAAAGAGUCAAAAACAGGGGUGAGAUAAAGGUCAAUAUUCAAUUUAUGAGGAACAAUAUGACAGCAAGUAUGUUUGACUUAUCAAUGAAGGACAAAACAAGAUCUCCUUUUGCAAAAUUAAAAGAUAAAAUGAAAGGUAGAAAAAAUGACGGGACAUUUUCUGAUACAUCUUCUGCGAUCAUUCCAAGUACUCACAUGCCUGAUGCCAAUACUGAAUUUUCAAGUGGUGAAAUACAGAUGAAAUCCAAACCAAAAAAGCCUUUUCUUUUGGGUCCUCAGAGACUCUCUUCUGCACAUUCAAUGUCUGAUUUAACUGGGUCCCACAUAUCUUCUGAGAAACUGAAGUCUGGCGCUGUAGGUCACACACAUCUUCUUGGACGCCAGAUAGAUUCCUUUGGAGCAGUUCCAGAAAGUGGAAGUCUCAAAUCUCCUCACAGAAGAACAUUAAGCUUUGAUACUUCUAAAAUGAACCAACCUGACAGCAUUGUAGAUGAAGGUGAAUUGUCUUUUGGAAGACAAAAUGACCUAUUUACGAACGUGACUGCUUCAUUACCCCAAAAAUUUGCAACACUGCCAAGAAAGAAAAAUCCAUUUGAAGAAAGCAGUGAAUCAUGGGAUAGUAGCAUGAAUUUGUUUUCAAAAUCAGUUGAAGUAAGAAAAGAAAAUAAAAGAGAGAAAAGGGAGAAAGUUAGCUUGUUUGAAAGAGUGACUGGGAAAAAAGAGAGCAGAAGGUCCGAUAAACUGAACAAUGGGGGUUCUGACAGCCCCUGUGACUUGAAAUCACCUAAUGCUUUUAGUGAAAAUCGGCGGGACUAUUUUGAUUAUGAGUCAACUAAUCCAUUUACAACAAAAUUCAGGGCUUCAAAUAUAAUGCCAUCUUCAAGUUUUCAUAUGAAUCCGACAAGCAGUGAAGACCUCAGGAAAAUCCCGGACAGCAAUCCUUUCGAUGCCACUGCAGGGUACCGUAGUCUGACCUAUGAAGAGGUACUACAGGAGCUAGUGAAACACAAAGAACUCCUUCGGAGGAAAGACACCCACAUCCGGGAGCUUGAGGACUACAUCGACAACCUUCUCGUCCGGGUGAUGGAAGAAACACCCAGUAUCCUCAGAGUGCCAUAUGAACCAUCCAGGAAAGCUGGCAAGUUCUCCAACAGUGAAUAAAGCCAAGUGUGCUGCAUUUGCAAUUGGGGAGAGUGAAAGGGUGGGAAGCUGGGAGGGAGGGAUGGAGAAAGUAAGCAAAAGGGAGGAAGGGAGGAAGGACUUGCCACUGGAAGAGGUAACACUAUCAGGUUUCAUUACAUAUUCCUUCAUUGUAAAAAGUUAUUUUACCUGUAAAUAUUAGCAGGGGCUAUGAAGAGUGACCUUCGAGGUGAGCAAAUUUUAAACUUAAAAUGAAAAUGGGCCAGAUUCAUGAUGAAUAAAUAUUUCCAUGGAAUUCAUUUGGGUGCUGGUGCUGGCGCUGGCCACUAAUCUGCCAUAGGCCCAGAAAUAUCUUCAUGAGUUCACGAAUUAGUCCUCAGGAAUAGAUUUUUCAUAAAGCAGAAGUGAUUCUGUGGCUGCAUUCUCAGAAGUCAGUUUAUAGGCAUUUAGCUUCAGGAAUAUUGCUCCUUAACAACACUACUUAAAAAUAGUUUGAAUUCUAUAUGCGUAAACACACAUGAAUAUAUAUAUAUAUAUAUAUAUAUAUAUAUAUAUAUGUGUGUGUGUGUGUUCAUGUAUCUGUAUAUAAAAUACAUGCAUAUACCUCACAUAAACAUGUGUUUUUAGAAUAACUGAUUGCCUCUAGGUUAGGAUAACUAUUUCACAGAUUGAAAAUGUCUGUUUGUUCUUUUGAUGCAAGACAAAUCAUUAUUCCUCCCAUUACUGCUCAUUAUGGACAGUCUGCUGCAAGUCACUCUUGCCUGUGUGAACCUUGGUUUCCAAGUAAGCUACUGUGUAAGUACAUCAAAUUUUAACUAAUUUUCAAAAAGUAAUCAUCUCAGUUCCUUUUUGAAAGAAUCAAGUUUUAGGAAACUUCAUUAGCUCCACAACAGUGUGAAUUUCUUUGAAUUAAUUUCUACCUAAUUAGAGUUUUAUUUAAGGUAUAAGCAGAAGAUUAACGCAAUUUGUUUUGUUGAAAUUCUGCAUACCUUUGAAACACUAGCAAGGAAAAUAUUAUAAAGGUAUAUCUGAAAAUAAUUUUUGGGGAAAUAAGUUAUCAUCUGGUGCCCAAUAUCCCAAAGCAGUGAAUAAAUUCUAAGAAUGAAGAAUUGGGCUUGGUUUCAAGUUUCAUAAAUAAUGGAACAGAUGGUUGCCUUUGGGUCUUGAACCAAAAUAAGACUUCAAGGAACGAGGGCUAGAGCAGAUUGCUGUUAGCAUGGAGUUCGUGCUUUCCAUCACCCUUUCAUAGUGAAUUUAUCACAAAAACUGUUCUGUCCACUCCCCAAACUGAUGAUUCUUUUAUGAAUUAGCUUUAUGUAUUUGCAUAAAAUUAUUCCCAAAUCCAGAAUGAAAGGCAGUGAUACAAAAAUGCUGCUAAUGUUAUGCUUUUCAGUUUUACAACCUAAAACACUAUGAAACAGAGUAUCUGUCUUUCUGAAUUUAAAAUAAAAGGUUUGUCUCUAUAUGGAGACUCAUGUGUUACCUAAUUCUUUAGUGACUAAUAGCAUUUUUCUAAUGUAUUAUCUCUAUUCAGGGUUUAUUGAUUAUUAAAUAAAAAGCAACUGUAAUAGUUUUGCUUAUUUUAAUAUUUUGAGUCAGAGAAUCCUUAGCCAAGCUUAAUUAAAAAACCAAAAUUCCUUGUUAUCUAUAUUUUCUUAGUUACCUUAGUUUUCCUCUGAGAAC